GCCCAAGGGCCCAGUCCCUUCCAACUGCCGCUUUCGAAAAUGUUCACCAUCCUCACCCUCUCCCUUCUCCCCCUACUGAUUUCCGCUCUAUGGCUCUACGCAACCUCAAACCCAACCCCCCCACCAUCUUACCUCCAAAACACCACAAUCCACCUCCUCAUAGCGCACCCGGAUGAUGAAGCAAUGUUCUUCGCACCAACACUGCUAGCCCUAACAUCCCCCUCUCUAAACAACACCCUCAGCGUCCUCUGCCUCUCAACCGGCAACGCUGAGAACCUCGGCCCCAUUCGAGAAAAAGAAUUGAUAGCCAGCUGCGAGAUGUUAGGCGUGGAUAGAGCGCGGGUUCACUCUUUUGAUCAUCCUGAACUACAAGACAGCAUGACAAAAACCUGGCCCGCCGCGAAGAUCUCAGAGAUCCUCUCGCAGCACAGCCCCUCUGCGAUCGUAACUUUUGACGAGUCCGGCGUCUCCUCACAUCCGAAUCACAUCUCGCUGCUACGCGGAGCCAAGGAGUACGUUUCUACGAGGGGGACCGGGACGAGGUUGUUCACGUUGACCAGCGUGCCCAUUUGGAGGAAGUAUGCUUUCUUUCUUGAUGCGAUUGCGGUGAGAGUGGUGUUUGUUAGUUCCUGGGCGGGAUAUGUUAAGGCAAGGAGUGCCAUGGUGCAAGCGCACGUUAGUCAGAUGAGGUGGUUUAGGUGGGGGUGGAUUGGGCUUAGCCGGUACAUGAUUGUUAAUGAUUUGGUGGAGAGGUGAUACUGUAGGGCGGUGUGUGUGAUUGUUGGCCUCACCUCUGCCGCGUUUCUGCGAGUGUUGUAUCAGACCAAAGUUUCAGCACCUAUGAUAAUAUUAUCAUAAUAUUAUUACCAUACGGGGUUAU